GAAAUAAUGUUGGCGACAUAAUUCACACUGGCUCAGAUCGUUAUGGAUAAACCUCCUCCUCCUUACUCUCCUCCAACUGCGCCUUAUCCAACUCAGGAUCCAUGUCCUUAUCCCUUGUACCCACAAAUUAACCAACCAACUAGUAAUGUAUUUAUGGGAUCUGGCUACCAACCUGCACCACCAGCCACAGUGAUUGUUCAUCAACCGACGGUGACCACAACUGCAUACCACCGAUAUCCUGUUGGUAUUACCUGUCCCUUUUGCCAUAACUCUGGUAUUACAAGGGUUAGGUUAGAAUCCGGAUGCUUGCCGUGGUUGUUAUGUGGAAUCCUCUGCUUCUUCGGGUUUUUCUUUGGUUGCUGCUUGAUUCCAUUCUGUCUGGAUUCCACAAAAAGUGCUCGACAUUUUUGUCCAUCAUGUAAUCGUCAAGUUGGAUAUUACAGCCCCUUGUGAAUUUCUGUUUUCAAACCCUUUUCCCACUGUUUUUUUUUAAAUAUCCUAAAAUUGUUUGUUAAAAUGUGAGAAGAUUCUUGACAAUCAUUUUUUAAAGUCACUACUACCAUUGUUGUUGCUUUUGUUAAUCUACUGACCCAUCCAACAAUCAGUUAUUUUGUUUAAUUUUAAGUGAAACACGAUUUAAAGAUUUUUUAUUUGCUUGAUAUUUACAAUUCAUCCUACACAUAGGAAUAAAACAAGAUAAUUUUAAAAACAACAAA